AUGCAACAUACGCCACGAGCCGGUUUACAGGCAAUGUCUCGUGCAAAUUCGCUGUCCGUUUACAGCUGUACGUACCAAACUCUCGUGUCAUCAUAUCCCGAAGCGAUGGGAGGCAAAAACCUGGGGGAUCUCAUAAGGCAUGCAUGCAAACGGUCAUGA